UCGGUCCUCAGUCUCGUUCUCCCUCCCAGUUAUUAUCCACAGGUAAUAAUAACGUCAGCAGUAGUUGAAGCCGUAGCGGCUGUGCUAGAAGUAGCAGUAACAGCAACAGCGGCCGAGGAGAUAGCGAAGUCGCGCCCCUCAGUCCCCAUUUCCGGUGGCGCGCACUACUCUACUUUUUCUACUGGGCUCGAGCUGUGAUCGACGGGCCGCCGAAGGGGUCGCAGGUAUACCUUGCGGGAGUUACGCAGCGCACGCGGUCGUAGUUAUUGAUUCGAGUAAGUGACUCGGACACCGUAGAAGAGGACGAGGACGCCGAGGAGAGCCUCCGCCAGAGUCGAUACGCAGGCAAUCUUGGAAAAUCAGUUGGAGUAAUCAACAAAAGUUUUCAACCGAGCAAGCAGUGCGCAAGAGUUUGAUUUGUCAUUUAGCAAACUUUUUAAUUGAAUUUCACAUUCACAAUGAAGAUGGGACUUUUGAAAACUUUCCUCUACUACUUUCAACUCAGGCAGGGAACAAUUCUCAUAGCUAUAUUGCAACUGGUGUUAUCCGGCUACGUUAUGAUUUUCUUUGUCUUGGGCUUAAGACACGAGGCGGGAAUUCAGAAUAUGAUCGCGCGAGAUACCGAAGAUGUGCUGGAGCGCGAGGCUCUCGAGGAAAUUACUUCGAAACACAUUAACAGCCAUCGAAUGGAGCUCGCGCAUCACAAUGUCACUGAAAAAGUUUACUUGAUAUAUUGCGGACUAGUGAUUGUAAUUGUCCACUUUGUUUCGACGCUUUUGCUACUUUACGGUGCUCUAAUGAACAAUCGCUACCUCAUGACACCAUGGAUGAUGGGAAUGAUGACAAUAAUCGUAGCCUUGAUUAUAUCUCUGUUCCUCGUUCAAGAAGAUUGCCCAUUCAUUGCUGUUAUUGGUGGAAGAGCUAAUGUUAUUGACCGCCUCCUCGUGCUUACCCUCGCCCUCGUCUGCUUGUACAUGUGGCUCGUGGUCUACAGCACGUACAGAUAUCUGGAAAUAAAGAAGGGCGUGAUACACGAAGUGCACACCGUGAACGAGAAGAAGUACAUGCGUCCAACGACGGAGAACAAGAAACCGCAACGCCAGCACGUGGCCCUACCCCAACCCUACGACGUGUGAAAGAAGCCCUCGAUGCCCACCCUAGGCAAAACGACAAUGGCGCCAAGAAAGCAGAGGGUUCUCGUCUAAGAUCUUCUCGUUUCGCCCAGCCGACCCAGCCCCUUCUAUCCCUAAAAAUAACGGACCAAACGAGGACUGCUUACAACGCACCCGGGGAACAGGUUAUUGGACAAGCUGUUAUAUUUUUUGUACCCCAGUAUCGAGUGUCGAAUUGCUGCAUAACGUCUGUUCAAAUCGCUUCGCGAGAAGACAAAAUUAAACCGAACCUGUAUUUUUCGUACGUAGUCCUUGUAUCCCCUUGUAUCGCGUGUAAUGGCCGCAACGUCGCUCAUUCUCUCCUAUGAAAU